AUGCCUCCGAAGAGCCCCAAACCAAAGGCCAAGGCCAAGCAACAACCCCAGUCCGAACACCAAAAGAUCGCCGAACAAUGGGCCAAGGCUGAACGUGCCCGCGAAGCACAGCGCGCAGCUGCUGCCACCCAGGGUCUUCCUCCCGCCGACGAGAAUGUCGAGGCUCUCGAGCGACGACGCGCAGCUCUAGAUAAGAGGCGAUCCAAGACGUACGAGAAGCGUUGGCGAUGGGCUGUAGCCUUUUGGGUCUGGGUGCUCGCCGUUCACGCCCUUGGCAUCUGGCUCUUCACCAGCGGCUUCCUCCUCACCCGGAUGGUGCUAGAGGAAAAGUCCAACUGCACGUUGCCUCCAAUUGAAAACACCAAGGGCUACUUAAACGUCGACCGCGGCUGCUGGCAUCCCAAGUCUUUUGAUCGAGCUGUUGUCAUUCUGGUCGACGCGCUUCGCUACGACUUUACGGUUCCCGAGGAUCCGGAGCAGGCCCACCACUUCCACAAUGGCUUCCCCUAUCUCUAUGAGACAGCAUCCAAGUCGCCUCAGAAUGCCUUUCUUCGUCCCUUCAUCGCCGAUCCUCCCACGACUACGCUGCAGAGGCUCAAGGGUCUCACCACCGGAACCCUGCCGACCUUUCUUGACGCGGGUAGCAACUUUGCGGGAACGGCCAUCGAGGAGGAUAACUUGUUGAUGCAGCUGAGGGAUGCUGGCAAGAAGAUUGCUCAUCUUGGUGACGAUACGUGGUGGUCUCUCUUCCCUGGGUACUUUGAGCCCAACAUCAGCAAGGCCUACGACAGCUUCAACGUUUGGGACCUUCACACUGUUGAUAAUGGUGUCAUUGACAACAUUUUCCCUUUGUUGGACUCGAAGCGCAAGGGUGAUUGGGAUCUGCUUAUUGGGCACUGCUUGGGUGUUGAUCAUGCCGGUCAUCGAUACGGACCUGAUCAUCCCGCCAUGGGUGCCAAGCUUCGACAGAUGGACGAGUUUGUCCGCAAGGUUGUUGAGACCCUGGACGACAAGACUCUCCUCGUUGUUAUGGGAGAUCACGGCAUGGACAGCAAGGGUGAUCAUGGUGGUGAGAGUGAUGACGAAGUUGAGGCUGCGCUGUGGAUGUACUCGAAGAAGCCCUUCUUCGGUAGAACUUCACCCGAGUACGCCACACCUCCAGCCAAUGCCAAGAUCCGACCAGUGAACCAGAUUGAUCUCGUGCCGACUCUUGCUCUGCUUCUGGGAAUCCCUAUUCCCUACAACAACCUCGGAGGUCCCAUCGAGGAGGCUUUUGCUGGUGUCAAGGGUAACGACUGGCGCAACCUUGCCGCCGUGUCGCGUGUCGCCUCGGCUGGUAUUGAAAGAUACCAAGAAUCUUACCACAAGGCUCAGGGUAUUUCGCAGAGCAACGAGGCUGGAUCACCCGCGGCUCUCUGGUCUUCUGCUCUCGAAAUUGUCAAGAAUGACCGCGACAUCUACACCGCCUUCUCCAAAUUCCAGGAGGGAACUCUGACGGUCUGCAAGGAUCUCUGGGCUCGCUUCGAUGUCCCUCGCAUGAUCAUGGGCAUUGUUGUCUUUGGCGUCGGUGUUAUCCUACUUCUCAUGUACUCGUCUCGAGAUGAGGCGGACGACUAUGUUGUCCUGAACGAUGCUGAGCUUGAUUACGCCGAGAAGAAGCUAGAGCUUCUGGCCUUUAAGGAGAACGAGAAGGACGAAGCCGAGGUCUUUCACAGGAACAUUCUCAAGGGCCUUUGGGAUCCCAAGAUUCUCUUUACUGUUUCUGUUCUCACCGGAGUCGGCUUGUAUCGUCAGCAGCCAAUGGAUGGCCUUGCUGCUCUCGUGGCAGUGUUGUUCAUGGCUGGCGUCGCAUCGUCUCUCCAUGAAGUCGGCAAGACUAUUCUAAACGUUCUUCCAACGUCCUUCUGGGGCUGGAUGGCUGUCGUCUUUACUGUCAGUCAGUCGAUUGGAUUUGCGUCCAACUCUUACACCAUCUGGGAAGAUUCCAUCCUCCUCUUUUUCAUCACUACGUUCGGUGUAGCCAGCGCUGUUGCUGGACUCCGAAUCGAGUCUCGUCGCGACAAGACCCUGGCGGUCUACCACUCAGUCGCUUUCAUUGUUCUUGGUCGUCUUGCUUCAUACUCCAAGCUCUGUCGUGAGGAGCAGAUGCCGUACUGUACUUCGACCUACUAUGCCUCGUCAACUUCAUCGACUUCUGCGACGUGGCAACUCAUCAUUCCUUUUGUUGUAUUCAUUGUUCUUCCGGCCAUCAUCAAGUCGUUCCUCGUCUCAAGCAGAUCCUACGAAGGUCUCGCACCCACCUGGAUCGGCUAUGUCUUCCGCGGAGGUCUUUUUCUUGCUGCUGCCCACUGGGUUCUCGACGCCGCAGACAACGGAGGCUGGCUUGAUGGAAGACUCCCUGAGGGAACCCCCAAGACGAUUGGAGUCUAUGUGGCUCAAAUGGUGCUCGCCCUGGCCUUUGUUGCUGGAAGCACCGCUUUUGUCUGGGCGCCUCCUUGCGUGUCUAUCCUGUCGUCCGCUGGAGCCAAUGGCCGACCUCUUGUGAGCAUUCUCGGAUAUGGCAACGCUAUCGGCGCCCGCUAUCUGCUGCUCCCUCUCAACUUUCUCUUGGGCUGCUUCCUCCUCACCAAGCCUAUGGGUGGUGGAGCACUUGCUCUCAUGUUCUGGCAGAUCCUCACCUUGGCUGAGUUGCUGGACCUCAACGAGCUCAAGACGAACCCGAUCGGACCCGUCAUGCUCGCCGUCCUUGGAAACUUUUACUUCUUCAAGACAGGUCACCAGGCGGUUCUUUCCAGCAUCCAGUGGGACAGUGCCUUUAUCCCGCUCUUUACUGUUCGUUACCCCUGGACACCCAUUGUCCUUGCUCUCAACACCUUUGGCGCCCAGAUCCUGGCUGUGGCGUCGGUGCCUCUCCUCGCUCUUUGGAAGGUUGGACCUAAGCAGAGGGGAGUGCUGGAGACGGCGACUCGCGGACUGGGUGUGUUUAUCGCUUACUUUGCCGUUGAAGCCCUCGCUACCAUGAGCUGGGCCGGUUGGUUGCGCCGUCACCUGAUGCUCUACCGCGUGUUCAACCCUCGAUUCAUCUUUGCGGGCGUGACGCUCUUAGUGCUUGAUCUCGUGGCUAUUGUGGUCACGUUGACAGGUCUGCGCAGCAACACGCUUGCUUUAAGUGAGGUGUUUGGAUGGGCCGAGUAG